AUGAUCAAAACAGAAUUGAUUGAUUCAAAGAAAAAUCUCCCAAAAAAUAUUAUAAUAGAUAUGUUAAACAUCAUUCCGUAUAAUAAUCGUUAUACAAAGUCAUAUUUGUCACUUGCCAAAAACAUAUCUGAUGAAUAUCAUGUCAAAGCGGUCAAAAAUAUUCCAACUAUUUCUAAUUUCUUGUUUCAUAAAGAAUAUGGAAUUAAAUUAGACAAAUCUGAUGAUUUCGAAAAAAUUAAAUCAGAUAAUCUCGAUAUUCAUAUAGAAAAUACAAUUUUCAAAGCAAUUAUGAAUAAUGACAAAGAAAGGUUCAUCAUAUUCACUGAAAGAGAUGAAUUUGAUAAAGAUCAAAAACUUAAAAGCAAAUUGUAUCCAUAUUUUAAUGAAGGAUAUUCAUUACUUGAAUUAUGUUGUUACCACGGUACAGCUGAUUGUUUCAAGUUAUUAAUAUCAAAAUUUCAUUCAGAAAUAACUCACACAUGUCUUGAAUUUUCAUUUUUAGGCGGAAAUCCAGAGAUCAUGAGUGAAUGUUUGAAAUAUGAAGAACCAAGUAUAUUGUGCAUGAAAUAUGCAAUUAUAUCACACAACAUUGAUUUUGUUACAUUUUUGAUGAAUGAAUACAAUAUAGAGAUCGGUUUAAAAUACUGUACAUUUAAUAAUAAUUUUGAAUCAUUUUUAGUUUAUUUCGAUCAAACUAAUGAUAUUAACCAAUGCUUUCUUUAUUCAACGAUUUUUGGCAUUCCAUCCCUUUUCGAAUAUUUCCUUUCACAUGGUGCAACAGCCCUUCAUUUUGUAGCACGUUAUAAUUUUAAAGAAAUAGCCGAACUUCUUAUUUCACAUGGUGCAAAUAUCAAUGAAAAAGAUAAUAAUGGAGAAACCUCUCUUCAUAUUGCUAUAGCAUGGCGUGAUAGUAAAAAAAUAGCCGAACAUCUUAUUUCACAUGGCAUAAAUAUCAAUGAAAAAAGUGAAAAUGGAGAAACCACUCUUCAUAUUGCAGUAUUUAAUAAUAGUAAAGAAACUGCCGAACUUCUUAUUUCACAUGGUGCAAAUAUCAAUGAAAAAAAUAAAAAUGGAAAAACCGCUCUUCAUAUUGCAGUAUUUAAUAAUAGUAAAGAAACUGCCGAACUUCUUAUUUCACAUGGCAUAAAUAUCAAUGAAAAAAAUAAAAAUGGAAAAACCGCCCUUCAUUUUGUAGCACGUUAUAAUUUUAAAGAAAUAGCCGAACUUCUUAUUUCACAUGGUGCAAAUAUCGAUGAAAAAGAUAAUUAUGGAAAAACCGCUCUUUAG